AUGGUUGCUCCGACCCUCCUCGGUGGCCUCUUCGCCGCCGCCGCCGCCGCCGCCCUUAUUCCCCUUACCCACGCCGCAGGGACCUCGAGCGCCGCCCCCGAGCGCCCAGACAUCAAGCCCGCACCCUUUCACCCGGGCCGCCCCUUCCCGGCCUCGGCCCCGAGAACCAAGACGUGCGCCGUUAAGGCCGGCGCCAACGGCAGCGAUGACGCCACCGCCAUCUUCCAGGCCUUCAAGAACUGCAACAACGGCGGCACCGUCGUCCUCGACUCCGUCUACAACGUCUGCUCGCCCCUCGACCUGACCUUUCUGAACGCCGUCGACGUCGCCAUCACCGGCACCGUCAACUUUUGCGAUGACAUUGACCACUGGCUGCCUCGCACCUUUAAGUACACCUUCCAGCUGUCGUCGUCCAUGUGGAAGUUUGGCGGCAAAGACGUCAACAUCUAUGGCAACGGUGUCGGCACGCUCAACGGAAACGGCCAGAAAUGGUACGACCGAUUCGCCUCCAACGCCACCCUCGAGAGGCCCAUCUUGCUUGUCACCGAUGGCCUGCACGGAGGCUCCAUCACCGGCCUGAACAUGGUCAACUCGCCUCAGUGGUUCAAUCUCAUCGCCAACAGCACCGACGUGCUCAUCUCGGACAUCACCAUCAAGGUCGGCUCGACCUCCAAGAACCCGGCCAAGAACACGGACGGCUGGGACACGUACCGCUCCGACUCGGUCGUCAUUCAAAAUUCCCACAUCGACAACGGCGACGACUGCGUCUCCUUCAAGCCCAACUCGACAAACAUCGUCGUCCAGAACCUCGUCUGCAACGGCUCUCACGGCAUCUCCGUCGGCUCCCUUGGCCAGUACGUCGGCACCUUUGACAUCGUCGAGAACCUUUACGUCUACAACACUACCAUGUCCAACGCCUCCGACGCUGCCCGCAUCAAGGUCUGGCCCGGCAUCGACACCCCCUUCCAGCCCUCGCUCUCGGGCGGCGGCGGCUCGGGCUAUGUCAAGAACGUCACCUACGACGGCUUCCACCAGUCCAACAACGACAACGCCAUCACCAUUGACCAGUGCUACGGCCAGAAGAACCAGACCCUGUGCAACGAGUACCCGUCCAACAUGACUAUUAGCGAUAUCUACUUCAAGAACUUUGACGGCACUGCCUCCUCCAAGAACGAUCCUCGCGUCGGAACUCUCGUAUGCAGCAGCCCCUCGAAAUGCGUCAACAUCAACGCCUCCAAGAUCAACAUCAAGACCCCGAGCGGCAAGAACCCUCAAUGGUUGUGCGUCAACCUGGACACCGGCCUCCUCGACAUCAACUGCGUGACCAAGGUGACCAAGGGCUAG